AUGUUGCCCACUUCUGGUGGUGACAAGCUGAGGCCCUUGGUCUCACGGAUAUAUCCCGCAUAUUCCCAUUCAAAGCAGGUUUCCCCUGGUCUGGGCUUGAACCAUCACUUCAGCUCGCCACUGCCAUUCGAUUCGCCAGACCCUCGGGCCCACAAAGAAAUCUCGCCAAUGGUGUAUCCCCUUGAAUCAGUCGGGAAUUCAAGUCUCAGUCUGCAGCAGCAUUACAGCUCACCGGCAGCUUCCAACAGCAGCAGUUCCAAUCGAGGUGGCGAGAAAAUCGAUGCGAGAUCAGACGAGAAACAAUACAAGAUUUCGCGAAGAGGGGACGCGGAAACGAGCCCGAAGCAGCGCUUUCAUCGAUUCGCCAGAGUGAAUUUUCAACUCGAUCCACUGACGAAGGAAGAACGCGAUGAAACCAUUAAGGAGUCGCAACCUACUUCGGAAACUCGACUGGCUCCUCCUGCCAAUCGAAAAGUGCUUUGGUCUGAACCACCACAAAGGCAGCCUCCACCUGAUCCAGAGCCCAUGGACUGCUUUGAAGCUGCCAAGUUGCCUAUAGAGACACAGCUGGCAAUCGAUCCUGAUGGACCGGACCGGACAUGCUCGAUUGAAGAAACGUGCUCUUAUGAAUACAAUUCCAUGGGCACGACAGAGGUCAUGUUCGGAAAAGGUGGAGAUGACAAUUCGAUAACCACGUUGAUCGAGUCAAUCAAGGAGUCUGCACACAGGUUAGCUGACCAAGAAUCCAAGAACUGUCGUCGGUCAGAUCCUCCUACCGGCGUUACAGAUUUCAUCUCUGUCGCCAUCCCCUUUGCUCCAGAAAAGAGGGCCGCAGAGAAGUCCCUCCAAGUCUUUGUCGGUUCGUCGUUUGGCCCCAUUGGUGCCGAGAUCGCUGAACAUAGUGAACCGCAAGUGAAGAGAGCGGCGAUAGACGCAGAUCCCAGCAUGCGCAAUUCUUCCCCACAACGCUGCAGAUCACCUAGAGAGCCAAGGGGAACACGAUUCGUGGGCAGAAGAAUGAAACGAAGCGUCUCAAGUAUCAAACCGAAGCACCGUAAAACGUCAGGAAACGAAGCAGAGAGAGCAGAAAAUCGGACUGACCACGAAACCAGUUCCAAACAAUCGGUUUCAUUAGGAUCAGCCACAAGGACAGACGCAACGAGAAGUGGCGCUGAUGAUUUGUUGGGUGACACUCGUCAAACUGCCGAUUCACACGACACUUUGAACCGGGAACAGAUACCUUACUACCAAUCGAACGCCCCUCGACCUCUUGUACAGAUUGCCAAUGAAAGUGGAGGGUCAUGGAAUGAAAAGAACGAGCGAUAUCCUAACGAGCCAAGUGAGAACGCACAGGAGCGACAGAUACACAGAGCACCUUCCGAUGGAGAAGAUACAGCUUCGAGGAAGGAAGAUUGGCUGCAAACAGGUCCUACUGAGAAGUCACACAAGACUGUCGAAUGGUCUGACGCUGUCGGAAACAACGGUCGCGAGGAAUCCGACCGACAACAUCGCAUAAAUCACAGCAGCUCGUCUGUUUCAUCACUGUCGUGUGUUGCCGAACAGAAGCAGCGCUCUCACCCUGGCACUCGCAGUGAGAAGAAGCAGUACUACAAGUCUAGGGGCAAUCCAGACUUCAAAUCGUACGACCCCACGACACACCGAGACGCCAAAUCAGUUGGCAGUUACUCGACUUGGGGGACCACUGACAGGGAUCUUCUUGUUGCUGUUGCACAUCAUGGUGCAGACAAUAUGAGACGUAACGACCCUCCAGUGCAUAGCACACCCCAGGCCGGUUUGGUAGGUCGUCAUCUCCCAGAUCACAAUGUCAUUACAAUAUCCUCGAGCGACACAUCGGAAUCUACCGACUCUACCGCGAUAGAGGACAUCAUUGCAAGAUGUCAACAGAAGCUCGAAUUUUCACGCUACGAAAGAGGGUCGAGAUUUGAAUCAAGGGAAUUGGAAUAG